UUACUCCGUAUCGAAAUGGUGUGGUCUUAGUUAUCUCGGAACCGGACCCAAGCAGAGACCUUGGUGCUAAAAUACCCAAGGCGGCGCACAUUAGCUGAAAGAAAUAACGAAUUGCAGCAACGAGAAAGGGCACGUUUCGUCGCCGGUCUCCGACACUCCCGAUUGUCUAUUAACUCUAUUCUCAUACUCUCGUACCAUUCAGAUUACAGGGACAGAUUUAGAUAGAGAAAUUGAAUUUUAAAGAGAGAAAUUGAAUUUAGAGAGAGAUGUGGGUGUUUUAUCUGAUCUCUCUUCCCCUAACCUUAGGUAUGGUUGUAUUCACGCUCAGGUACUUCGCUGGUCCAGACGUACCUCGCUACGUAUUCUUCACCGUUGGAUACGCCUGGUUUUGUUCUAUUUCCAUCAUCAUUCUCGUCCCUGCCGACAUUUGGACGACAAUAAUUGGUCACGAGAAUGGAGGCAUUUAUUUCUUUUGGAUCUGGUCGUAUUGGGGUACAUUUUUGCUUACUUGGGCUGUAGCGCCUCUUAUUCAGGGUUAUGAAGAUGCUGGAGACUUCACUGUUGCAGAAAGAUUGAAGACCAGCAUACAUGAAAACUUAAUCUUCUAUUUGAUUGUGGGAUCUAUUGGUCUUUUUGGAUUUAUUCUCCUGAUUUUAAUGCACAAAAUUAGGAGUGAAGGUGUACUGGGAUUUGCCAUGGGCUGCUCAAAUACUUUUGGACUUGUUACGGGUGCAUUUCUUCUUGGCUUUGGUUUGAGUGAAAUUCCAAAGACUAUUUGGAGAAAUGCAGAUUGGACCACCCGCCAGAAGAUUCUUUCUCAUAAAAUUGCCAAAUUGGCUGUGAAGCUUGAUGACGCUCAUCAAGAAUUAUCAAACGCCAUUGUUGUCGCACAGGCAACAUCCAAACAGAUAUCCAAGCGUGAUCCUUUAAGACCCUACAUGGAUGUUAUUGAUAAUAUGUUAGUUAAAAUGUUUAGGGAAGACCCAUCUUUCAAACCACAAGGGGGGCGAUUAGGGGAAAAUGAUAUGGACUAUGAUACUGAUGAGAAAUCAAUGGCAACACUCAGGCGUCAUCUUAGAAGAGCCAGAGAGGAGUACUAUCGGUAUAAAAGUGAGUAUUUGACUUAUGUCAUGGAGGCCCUUGAACUGGAAGAUACAAUAAAGAAUUAUGAACGACGUAAUUUGACUGGAUGGAAAUUUAUUUCAAGCCUCCGACCUGAUCGAAAUGGAAAAUUAGGGCCUCUUUUUGAUAGGAUGGAAUUAACCUGGCGAUGUGUCCUUAGGAAGCAACUCAAUAAACUCUUGGCUAUCAUUCUUGCUUGCAUGUCAGCUGCAAUUCUUUUAGCAGAGGCAACUAUAUUGCCUAGUGGAGUUGAUUUAUCUCUUUUUUCAAUUCUCAUAAAAUCUGUCGGACAGGAAGAGGUGCUUGUGCAGGCCUUUGCUUUUGUUCCUCUGAUGUACAUGUGCAUUUGCACGUACUAUUCGUUGUUCAAAGUUGGGAUGCUGACGUUUUACUCAUUAACACCAAGACAAACAAGCUCCGUCAACUUGCUUAUGAUUUGCUCGAUGGUUGCUCGGUAUGCACCUCCAAUUUCAUACAAUUUUCUCAAUCUCAUUCGUCUUGAUGAAAAAACUAUCUUUGAGAAGCGAAUGGGGAACAUCGAUCAAGCUGUUCCUUUCUUUGGAAAUGGAUUUAACAAAAUUUAUCCACUUAUUAUGGUGAUCUACACUUUAUUGGUUGUGAGCAAUUUCUUCAACCGGGUUAUUAAUUAUUUUGGGAACUGGAAGAUAUUUAGAGUCCAAACUGAGGCAGCAGAUGAUAUGGAUGGUUUUGAUCCAUCAGGAUUAAUUAUCUUGCAAAAAGAACGAACUUGGCUUGGAGAAGGGCGCAAAGCUGGUGAACAUGUAAUCCCAUUGGCGAGGAAUUUCAACAAUAUGAUCAUGGACAUAGAGUCUGGAGGCGACAUCACUGACGGGGCUGCUGUUGAAAUGAAGGCAGCAGCCACUUUAAUGGAGGAUCUGAAGGGAAGUUCAUCAAAACCUUUGAAAGAUGAGGUUCGGAGAUAUAGUGGCAGUAAAGAAGCCAUCAGCAACAAGUAUGCUGCCAUAAGGGGACAGAGCCGACAAGCAUCCAACAGAAAGCCAGAGGACAACAUUGCCUCCGCUAAGGUCUCUUUGCUUGAUGCAGGCAACUCCCAGUCUGAUAGCAUGGCAGGAGCGUCAACCUCUCGUUUAGCCUCAACGUGGGCAUCAAUGAAGUCGGGAUUGCAAAGCUUCAAGACAAACAUGGGUGCAAAAAAAUUUGUUCCUUUACAUCGAGUGGAAGAAGCCAAUCUUAUUUCUCGUGUUUCCUCAUCUGAAUCCCUUGAUGAAAUAUUUCAGAGACUAAAACAACCAGCUUUAGCACGUGGUAGUGGUAGUUAUAAUGAUGAGGAUGAAGAUGGAACUGAAAUCAGAACUUCGGGGUCGUCUAGAUAAUAUCCACAGUUUGUACAAUUUGACGUUUUUUUUUUUUUUUCAUCCUCUGGUAAAUAACGCAGCCACUAUGUCUAUAGCUUGAACCCUCAGCCUUUCAUGUUGAAAGGUGAGGAAAUACCCUACAGUGUAGCUUUUGGUUACAAGUUCACAUAAUUUACUUGUCACUGGUUGAAGUUGUACGGUCCCAUAAAAUGAUUGGAAUGCAAAUCCUAACCUUUUUUUUUUUUUUUUUCUUUCUUUCAUCUCCGAUCCAAGUAUCUUAUAGAAAAGUUUUAUUUUUUCUUAUU